AUGGGUAUUGCAGAAGCGUGGCUUGCUGCAUUCCUCUGUGAGGAGGUCCGGGGACAAUGGGCUGUCCUGCAUUGCACAUGGUUUACUAGCUCCAUAGUAACCAGUCAUAAUGAAGCAGACACUGACAGCAGCCAGAUGGAUGAAAUUGAUUUAAUUCAGAGUUGGUCCAGGUACAAUAAUAAGGUACAGGCCCUGCAGCAGUCUCUUGGACUUCCGUCAUGGCAAAAAUCAAAGUCCAACUCUCCAACACCAGAAGACACCUCUAAAAAGAUGUUUAAGUCUGGCCAGCGCCGCAUGAUUGGAAGUGAGCUCCAGAGGGAGGUUCUAAAACACUGUGGACCGUCUGAAUUUCACGCAAUGAUGGAAAGUUAUUCUGCAGACUCAGAGCCUGACUCCCCACCGAUGCAGAAGGUACUCGACAAAGUUCUGAUCAGAAGAAGCAUGGCUCAAGCCCAUAGGCAGAAGUACCGGGAUGAAGCUAUCGGAAAACUGGAAGCGGCCAAAGAACAUUUGAGGAAAGAGCUUAAGAAUUUGGAAGCACAGAAUGAGUUCUUUGGAAAUGGAGGAAAGUCACAGGCUCCCACACCACUCACCAUGGAUCCUUCCCCUAAUUUCAGAAAUAGAAAUGAGAAGUUGGGUCCAGCUGGAACUGACCUUCUGAAAGGUUUAGCUAUGGAUAAUACUCUCCUGUAUGAAGUAGUAGAAGAAAUAAUGAAUCCCAACUUAUCACUCCAACCCCAAAAGAUGAAUCCUGAGAAAAUACGACAAUUGCAGAGAAGAAGAUUAGAAGCGUCCAUGGAUCAUGUUCUUCAUCUUAUAGAAGAGGAAAUUAUUCUUGAGGUGACACUUGACAUGGCUAAGCAAGUGGCUGCAGAUGUGUUCAAGAGAGCAAUGUUGAGCUCAGAAUUUGAAUCUCACUUUAAGUCUGAACAGGUUCAAGAAUACUUAAGGAGCACCGAUCCUUUAAAUUACUAACUAUGUAUUAGCCUGUCAUUUUUGUCAUUAUAUUUUCUGUAAAUUUGCAUAAUAGUGCGAUUUUUGUAAAUAUGUCCACACACAAUUUUGUAACAAAACACAUCAAGAAACGACUUGCUGAUAUGGAAAUGGAAAAUGUUAAAAAUAUCCAAUAGUGGAACAGCAGAUACAUAUCAUCGGAUACAUCCACAGCAGAUACAUAUCAUCG